GACAGUCAGAGCCGUCCCGUCUCCCGUGCUGUUCCGGUGCCAGGAUAAUGACUGAGAACGACCGUUAGCCUGAGCAUCCUCCUUCGUGUACAUCGAUGAGAGCAGCUCCCCGUUAAUUUCGCCGUCGCUCGGUUUUUGAUUUAUUGGAUGGGGAUGGUCUUUCCAACGGGCAACAUGUCCCUCGCCGCGGUGACUUUGGCGCUGCUCGCCAUCGUCCUCUGCACUUCUCAUGUCAGUGGGAACGAGGACUGUCUGUGGUACGUGGAUAAAAACGGCACCUGGCACAACGGCUUUGACUGCCCGCUCAUCACGUUCUGCUGUGGAAACUGCCACCGGCGCUACUGCUGCCUGGAUGCCUUCAAGAUGAUCACAGAGAGGGAGCAGAAACGCUGCAUGCUCUUCCAGUUCAGCCCCACCACUUUAGCCGGCAUUGCCUCCUCCAUCCUCCUGUUUGUGGCCAUCAUUGCCACCAUGGUGUGCUGCUUCAUGUGCUCGUGCUGUUACCUCUACCAGAGACGGCAGCAGAGGGGCAGGACACCUUAUGAUGCCCAGCAGAUCCCCAUGGCCAGCUACCCAGUGGAGCCCAUGUACGAUGCUUAUGGAAAACCACUGGGACCCUCUGAGUAUGCACAUGCAGGUUAUCCAAUGGCGCCCCAGUACCCUGGCAUGCCCCCACAGUAUCCCAUGAUGCAGCCUGGACCGUAUCCACCACACCCAAUUGAUCCUGCAUACAGCCAGGCCCCCCCACCUUACUCUCCACCUCAGUAUCCUGGCCACUGAUGGGAAGUGAUGGCCACACACACAUACAGUGGGAAACAACAACAGCUGAGAGACAUGACUGUUUCAAAAGGAGAAGGCAGCAACACUCUCUCACACUCAAACACAAACACACAGACACACUCAAAUAAACAGUACAGCUUGACUAGCAGUGGUUUGCCUGUGAAAGAAAAGGGGACAGAGGCACUUUAAGGUUUUUUGUUUUGUUUUUUUUUGGUUGUUUAUUUACAACGUUGUCCUACUUUUCCGGAGUAUUUACGUAAAUCAAAUUCUGUUCUGCAACCUGACGCCAGACUGCUCCGGGCGGGUUUCACAGAGGGCAUCUCGCCAUCCCCAAAAGUGAGGAGGUAUCCGGCUGGCGUCUCUACUCAGUGCUGCCACCUCUGCUCUUUGACACACACACCGCAGUGGCAGAGUGUUACCUAAAGACAGGGCUCAUUAUAUUACAGACGGGGGGGAUUUGAAACAGCGAUAAUGUACUCCCUUUUUAUUUAUGGGAAAAAUGCUUUACUUCCUCACUUUUGUUAAAUUUGACUGGAUUGAUAACUGCCUGAGACGACAUUCCAGGUCAUCUCGGUCACUGAUCCACAUUCUCCAAAUAUGAUUACAUGAUGUCUUUAUUAUCUGUAUUUGAUGAUGUUUCUUUUGUAAUGUGGUGGAGGCUAAUGUGAAAAACAUGGAGAUUGGAAAUAACAUUGGAAAUAAGGGAUGUAUUUUUGACUAAAAAGGGGACAUGUUUGGGUUCAAGGUAGUGCGAGACUGUCUUAAAUUUGCUCAGAUGACCUAAUGGAUUUCAUGGUAGUCCUAAUUCUGUGUAAGAAGCCUUUAGUCACUUGUUGGUUUCAACUUUGUCUCUUCUUCAUUUUUGCAUCCGACUCGACUAAUGACUUCAUGGUAAUAUAUUAGCUGCUCCGUUCUAAUGUAACAUCUCAAUAUCAGCAUGCGACCCAGUCAGUUAUCUGUCCUCUCCUGCUUCUUUUCGAGUUUUUAAAUGAAUUAGAAAUGAGCCUUUAGAUUUAUCCCAUAAUGCCAGGGUGGAUGUUUUACAAUGGCAUCAGUCUUGUUAAAUGUUUAUUUCUUGUAACAUAUCAGGUCAGGGGAGCUGCAGGUCACGCUGCUUGAUAAAACAAAAAUGUCCCGCCUUACAAUAACUAACCAUGAAAAAAAAGGAGAUUAACUAUUUAAAUACAUAUUUUGUAAAUCUGUUCUUCAGCUGAAUAUUUUAUGAUAAUGUAACAAGUUAUUUUAAAACAGCGUAUUGUUAUUGUAACACAAGAUAUGGUGUUUUGGCAUUUUGGCAUCUUUCCAUGUGGUAUUUAUUAUCAUUGAGGAUACCUUUUACUGUGAAUGGGUUCUCAGCUUGUGGACUAAGCUACAAAGCCAAAAAUCACUACUGUUGAAGAAGCAGAUUUUCUAUUUAAAGGUUUGACAUUUUGGGAAAUAUGCUGAAUUGCUUUCUUACACCUUCUUCCACCACCUGUAUUGGAACAGCAUCAACAGAACCUUGCAGUCACACCAGAUAAACAGACCAAUUACCUACUUUUGUUGUGUAUUUGUAGCGGUUUGUUACCAAGUGAAAACCAGGUGCAAACAGCGCCUGUACAAUCUGCUGAAUGGAUUAUAUUAGUGUUAAUAUUGGAUUUUGUUUUGCAUUUGCAGCCAUUCUACCAAUCUAGUUCUUUUCACCAGGUGGGAGAACUUAGUGAUAUUAGAAAUUCCCCAAUGCCUCCAACUCGAAAUUAAAAGUCGUUUGAAUGAGAUAACAUGAACGCACCACAUUCUGGCUGCAAGAAAUGUCAAGAAAUAUUCUGCCACAUAAAACCACAUGAAAUGGGUAACUGUGAUUUUUGUGCUAAGGCUUUUGAGUGGAACAAACAGACGAGAUUUAGUGUGAUGAUUAGUGAGCUUUAUUAGAGCUUGGAUGUGGAUUUGGUUACCCUCAGACAGAGCCAUCUGUUCAGGUUCCAGUCCUCAUGCUAAGCUAAGCUACGCAGUGACUAUGAUACAGUAGGGGUGGACGGGAUGAUCCCCAAAUUAGUGGUACUACCGAUACAAAGUCCUGUUUUGUGUAUCAGUACUAGUGCCAUUAGGACUGAUAACAACAACAACAAAAAAAAGUGGAUGUGUCAUGUGUUUGAUCGCGUCCUGUUUAGUUCAGACAAUUCACUAAAUAAGCAUUUUGUCAUUUACUAUUAAAAUAUGAGUAGUGCUAAGUAACUUCAUGAGAAUAGUAAGAGGAAAUGCUUCAUGUUCGGCAAAUGAUUUGGUGGUAGUUGAAAUAUACUCAGAAGUGGCCUAUUAAUAAUGCAUAUUUCUCUCCUUUACAUGGCAGUACAUUAGGUGCUUUUCACCAUAAUCAAUAUUGGCCCUGGUAUUACUUGGUAUCUGAUUAAAACCAAAUUUUGCUAUGUUGCUCACCGUGGUGCAGACAGCAGUUAGGUCCAUUUCCCAUAAUGUCGAACUAUUCUUUGAAAUGUUCUGUGGGCUCCAGUGAGGUCAGGGCCUGUGACCUGGAAAUGAAUUAAUCUGUAAUUGGGUCUAGUUUAGUAUUUCUGCAGAUGAAAACAGCCCUGUUCCAUUAAUAUGUAUGAACUGCAAAACACAACAUUUCUAGCAUGUGUUGUACAUUGAACUGACUACUAAUACUUAAUGCCUGGGUUUUUUUUUAUUUAGGUGUAAUGUAUCUCAAACUUAAAGUCAAAUGAGGCACAUAUUAAAAAAGAAAAAAAAGACACUGUUAUCAUGCUGAUCAGAGAAGCCUGGGCCUUCUCAAACGUUUCCGUGAGACUUACUGCUGAAUCUUGUCUCACCUCUAAACCACGCAGUGAGUCAGGUGACUGUAAUUCCCGCUAGUUUGCAGCAUAAGUCACUCAUUCUGAUUGCGACGUCCAUGUGUACUGAUUUGCUGAGCCUUUGUAAAGCACAAAGAGAACUCUGGACUUUUCUUCGUAAAAUGCUUUCAUAUGUGGUUUGACAUUUGCUCAAUGAUGUUUCUGUUUAUUUGUGCUUCUAAACCAACUCCAUGAGUGUGUUUAAUGAAACUGAUAUCAGUUGGCAAAAUAACUAGAUAUGGCUUUUUGUCUGUUGUCAUAUGGAUGGUAUGACAUUGUAAUAUAAAGUGAGUGAAAAGUUUUUAUUUCUAUUAACAUAAAAUUUAACUUUGGAAUGUAA